AUGGCUCUAGGUUAUUUGUUUGAUCAAUGGCGGAAAAAUUUGUAUACAACUCUUUUCUUUCCUAUCUUAUAUUCUCUUCUUUUUCUUAUCAUUUCCCUUCUGUAUUAUUUUGUUAAGCUCAAUAGAAGUUUGAAACAACUAAAUUUACCUCCAUCACCACCAAAGCUACCAAUAAUAGGAAAUUUACAUCAGCUAGGCACUCUACCUCACCGCUCUCUGCAAAAUCUAUCUCAGAAACAUGGUUCUCUAAUGUUGUUACACUUCGGCUCUGCUCCAACUCUCAUUGUUUCAUCUGCAGAAACCGCGAGAGAGUUACUGAAGACUCAUGAUGCUGUCCUCAUAGAACGACCUAGAACAAGGGCUGCUCGUGUUCUCUUCAAUGGAUGCAGUGACAUAGCUUUUUCUCCAUACGGUGAUUAUUGGAGAGAAGUCAAAAGGAUUUGUGUUCUUAAACUUUUGAGCAAAAGAAGAGUGCUAGAAUUUCAUUCUGAGAUGGAAGAAGAAGUUGCAGAUAUGGUUGGGAAGAUUCGGGUUUCAUGUCUCAAUGGGGCUUCCAUUAAUUUUCGUGAGAUGCUAGUUACUGUAUCUAGCAAUAUAAUUUCAAGAUCUGUUCUUGGUCAAAUAUAUUUAGGGGAAGAAAGUAAUAAAAGCUUUGGAGAGUUAUCAAGGAAGGCAAUGGAUCUAAUAGGUGCUUUUUGUUUUGAAGAUAUGAUUCCAGCAUUGGGAUGGAUGGAUGUUCUAACUGGUUUAGUCGCAAAUUUGAAAAGAACUUCGAAAGAAUUGGAUAAUUUUCUUGAUCAAGUGAUUGAAGAACGUCAAGUUUUGAGCAUUGAAGACCGCGAGGAUCAUUAUAAGAAAGCUCUUGUUGAUAUUCUUCUGCAUCUUCAACAGGAUGAUGACAUGCUAGACUUCAACCUCACUCGACAAAACAUCAAAGCAAUCUUACUGGACAUGUUCACCGGAGGAACUGAUACUAUUUCAGCAACCAUAGAAUGGGCAAUGGCAGAACUAAUUAAAAAUCAUAGUUUGAUGAAGAAAGCCCAAGGAGAGGUAAGAAGAGUCAUCAAAGAUAAAGCAAGGAUCGAUUUUAUGGACAUUGCUCAAAUGGAGUAUAUAAAAUUUAUCAUCAAAGAGACCUUGAGGUUACAUGCUCCAGCUCUGAUUUUUAGAGAAACAUCAGCUAGUAUUAAAAUGAAUGGCUAUGACAUUCCUCCCAAAACAAGAGUGUUGAUCAACACGUGGGCUAUUCAAAGGGAUCCGAAAUUAUGGGACAGGGCCGAGGAGUUUCUUCCCGAAAGGUUUGAAAAUGACCAGGUUGAUUAUUUCGGAGGCCAAGACUUCCAAUUUAUAGCAUUUGGUAGUGGGAGAAGGAGUUGCCCAGGAACAUCAUUUGCAACUGCAGAAGCUGAAUAUGUGUUGGCAAAUUUGUUGAAUUGGUUUGAUUGGGAAUUACCAAGUGGCCAAAAUGGGGAGAACUUAGACAUGAGUGACAUUUUUUCAUCAGUUUUGCGUAAGAAACUGCCUGUUUCUCUUGUAGGAACAUUGCAUCAUUAA